GAAGGAUUCCCCACUGUUAACCGUCCGGGAUGAUUGGUGGGCCGGAUACUGAGUCCCCCCACUCUCUGUUAAAACGGAUUUCUCUUCUGUCCAGCUCAGCGGCCUCGGACCUUGCCGCAGCCGGCCUUCCCGUGCACCUGGGUCACCCGUCUCUACUCCCCCAGCCCCCAUGCCUGCUCUCAGGCGAUCCCAGCAUCACCAGCACCUGCAUGGUGCCCCCUCCUCCUGCAGGCCACACAUCUCUCCUCCCCGUACCCCCGGCUGCCAUCAGCUCCACCAUCAGCGACGCGUCUGGCCAGGAGGACCAAAUGCCAUCUACCUCCACUAGCCACCUUUCAGCGUUUCCUGCCGUCCUAAUGAAGAGGCCCUCGGUGCUCUCAAGGCAGACCAACCACAGACCGGUUUCAGAAGGCUCCAGCAGUGCCAUGUCCAGAGGUGGCGUGAGGUGGCUUAAUGAGAGCGGAGCUGGGGCGUCCAGCCGCCUUGGCCUGGCUGUCUUUGGGGUAGGGUACGGUAGUGCGGCGCUGUUGCAGAGUCUGACAGAGGAGAACAGCUGCUUCCUGCUUUACGUCGUCGAGGAUCAGCUGUGUGAAGUGCAGCGGGCCUUCAGAGCCGAGCUUGGCCCACACGAGGGUGAUUCGAGAACAGGACGCAGACAUUGUCCUCAACGACCAGCGUGUCUCUGGAGUUGUGGUCUGUUCCCCACCAGAGGCAGCUUCUGAAAUAGUGAUAGAUGCCCUCCGAGCAGGUAAGGGCUGCAGCUCAUUUUGCCCACCCCUGUGGUCACACGCUGUGUUUUCCAGUAGGCAGUGCCUGUCCACUGACGUGUGGGUGGGGGGCAGUGUCCGGUGGGUUUACAUGAAAACAAAAAACCACAUGAAAUCAAGGAGGGUCCAAGAGGUGUAGUUAGCAUUUCCCAAAACAUAUUCUUUUAGAUCCUAGUCCAUUGGAAUGAUAAUUGGUGUUGUACUGGGGGAGGGAAGGUUUUUGUUCUUCAGUACAUUUGGGGAAAAACAAGGUAAUUAGGUAGACAAGGUAACUAACUAAUGUGGCCUCUCCAACUUUACGUGUUCGUGGACACUUAGAAUCUAGCAUCUCCCAGUCAUUUUGUGUGUGUGUUACUUUGUUUUGAUUGUGCUAAAAUACAC